GGUCAUUUGUAUAAGAAGUGGUUAAAGGUCACAUCUUCAAACGCAAUCUUUCAACUUUGCAUUCAUCUAUCAACCGUUACAAAACUCACCAUGAAGAGCCUUUUUACUGCAUUCCUUGCUAUCGCAGCCGUACAGGCCACACCAGCUUUCAGCGACCAGCCAAAAGACCUCCACGCCCGUGCUGUCGAUCUGAAGGUCCAGUACUACAAGGAUGGCGGCUGUAUGGACUUUGCUGUACAGUUCAGUCCCGGCACAUCCAACAGAUGUUACGGAUAUAGUUACAGCAACACAAACAGCGCAAACAUUGUCAGCUGUGGUGGUAACAGUGUUGCUUGCACCUGCUACAUGUUUGAGCAGGAUAACUGCAAGGGGAAUUCCGUCCGAACAGUUGCUCUUUCAGGAUCAGGCUCCUCCUGCAUCAGUAACUGGGGUAAGGGCUACAAGUCAAUGCAGUGCUACACAACCCAGUUGUAGUGUGUAUAGCCAGACAGAUGACCGACACAGCCCUCUGUAACAGCACGAGGAGGAAGAAUUGAAUGUCGGUCACAACCUUGAGGUUGGAAGCGGGACUGAGAUAUGUGCCAUGGGACGAUGUUGAGACCAGAAGUUAGACGGGCGGUGCUAAUGGUCUCACCACGGGAAUGGGCAGUGAUGAUUAUCAACAGAGUCGGAUUUUAGAUCAAACUCAAUACAAUCAAUCUCAUAAGAGCAAUAACAGGAGACCUUGAGUGCCCAUCAUAUAACACUUGACCUGGCGGGUUUGUUCCAGUGAUUUGCACCAAGAGAUACCAUAGACGCAAAGCGCUCAGCCGAGCCUUCUCUGUCGCCCAAUAUCUCGCUUGGU